AUGCCAGGCAUUCUCAACUAUCUUCAGCAACUGGUCAAUAUCGCUGUCGCAUUCAUCCGGCAGCUACAAGAGCGCCAUGUAGGGUGGCUAACGUUCAACCGCAAGACGGGCGAAUUUACACGGGAACAACAGCCAUUGUUGAAGAAACUCAAGAUCCUUCUAUUAUUUAACCCGCUCACGGAAUGGAUAGAUCGUACACAUCUUCUCCGGCUAUGGACCCACGAGAGGAGUCUAAGAGCAGGAAUAAUGGAAGGAAAACCACAGUCACAUUCCGAAAUCAAAAGCUUCAUCGAGUUCUACAAGAUCAACAUGUCCCAGUUCGAACCUUCAAAUCCAGAGGCUUACGCGACGUUUGAGGACUUCUUCAUCCGGAAACACGCACCCGGAGCACGACCGAUUUACGAGGCUGCCGACCCUACGAAAGCAGUUAUAGUGUCUGACUCGCGGGUUGUAGUGUAUCCGACUGUGGAAGCAACGCGCCGACUAUGGAUCAAGGGGAACGAGUUCACCAUCGCCAAUCUAAUCCGAGACGCGGAUCGUGCAAAACGGUGGGAGGAUGGAGCGGUCGCUAGCUUUCGCCUUAGUCCGCAGGACUAUCACCGGUACCACUCUCCCGUUGAAGGAACGGUAAAGUGGUUCAAGGCGAUCUCGGGCGACUAUUAUCAGGUCGAUCCGGUGGCUUUGCAGAGUUCGGUUAAUAUCUUGACGGAGAAUGCGCGGUGCUGUGUCUGUAUUGAAAGUAAGGAAUUUGGAGAUGUUCUGUUUGUGGCCAUUGGCGCAACAGACGUCGGCACCGUUGAUAUCCAUGAACACAUUAGGGAAGGACACCACGUGAAGAAGGGAGAUGAGAUCGGGCUCUUCCAGUUUGGAGGAUCGAGUAUCAUUGUGGCGUUUGAAAAAGGCCGCAUUCAGCUGGACGAGGACUUGGAGAAGCUCAGCCACCAGAGGAUUAUGGUUGAUGUCGAGGUUGGGAUGAGCAUGGGUCGUUCCACAAAAUCUGACCUGUAG